AUGGGACAUCAGCAUAGGAAUGAGGUAGGCAAAGAUGAGAACAGCCUUGUGGAUACUUUUUGUAGAAGUCGGUCCCAGUUUUGGUUCAAUGUUGAGCGCAUGGAAGAGAAGUACAGAAAAAUGGAGUUGGAUGGGAAAUGCAGCGGCAUAGAGAUCGAAGUCGUUCAUGGUGAUGUUUACUUUCCAUCCGAGAUGCCCAAAAGUACGCUUUCCAGGCAGCUGAAGAAGCUCGAUGCCCUCAAUGAUCAAUUUGGGCUAAGCACAAUAUCAGCACCUUACAAUGGUGACGAAAUUUUUGGAAAGCAUUUUAAAAAACGGCAGAAAGAAUGCAAGAAACUUGACCAAGCGUUCGAUCAGGUGUUCAAGUCUAAGCAUCCCUCAUGGCGGCCCUACACAAUGUCGAAGAGAUCUAGAGUGGAAAGGACAGUUGUUAGGGAAACAGUAAAGGUAACGGCAGCUCGUGUCGGUGCUUUUUUGAACAACCAUGGUGGGCUUAUCUAG